CAUCUGUUAUCCCUACAGAAUCUUCAACUUGAAGGUGCUCCAGCAAACACGUAUCGCUUUGUUAAUCCGCACAAUUCAACCAAAAUUCCCUCCUUUACCAUCUUCGCUUCUCUCUCUGCCAAACCAGAAUCGAAUGCCGAAAUUCUCUGCAACUUUCAUGGCAAAACGCGGUGUAACAAGAGCUGCAGAUUUCAUCAUCACUCUACUUAGCUUCAUCGUUUUCUUGGUUCUCGAUUUCCUCGACGCUCUUCUCUGCGUGCUGUACCGCUUCAUGGACGCCUUCUUGGAAGGAACGACCUCAUGCUACUGCUCAUCAUCGCCGCCGGCUGGAGAGAAAAGCGACGAGCUUUCGGAGACCCUUCGCCGGAGGAAAAAUGUUUUCCGGCGGGGAAUUCUGGGUGCUUUUGGUUUUACUCAUCAUUUCGCCGCCGGAAUCAAGAAUGCAAGGGGUGGCGGUGGAAGAGGGAAGAACAGGUGGUCUGACUGUGGGUGUGAGUCUUGUGUUUCUUGGAUGAAGAAGGGCAAUGAUUUAAGGCUUCAUUUUGUUGUCAGAGAACCAUCUAAAGGAGAUAUAGAUGGCAAGGAGGGAGCAGAAAACGUAAUAUUCUUACAUGGUUUUAUAGCUUCUUCCUCGUUUUGGACUCAAACUGUUUUUCCCAAUCUAUCUGAAGAUUCAAGGCAAAAGUAUAGAUUGUUUGCAGUAGACUUACUGGGAUUUGGGAAAAGCCCAAAACCAAUGGAUUGUUUAUACACCAUAAGAGACCAUAUAGAAAUGAUUGAAAGAACAGUGAUAAUCCCAUUUCAGCUCAAAUCUUUUCACCUGGUUGCUCACUCCAUGGGAUGUGUGGUGGCAGUGGCAUUAGCAGCAAACUACUCAAAGUCUGUCAAAUCGAUCACCUUGAUAGCACCCCCUUAUUUCCCGUGUUCUGGAGAGGAUAAUGCUAGUGUGACAGCCCUAGAGAAGCUUGCAGCGAGACGAGUAUGGCCACCGUUGUUGUUUGGCUCGGCCUUCAUGUCAUGGUAUGAGCAUCUGGGCAGAUGUGUGUGUUUCCUUUUCUGCAGAAACCACAGAGCCUGGGAAAGGAUUCUCAAACUAAUCACCAGAAGGGAUCUGCAUUUCUUGGUGGCUGAUAUGACGCGACACACUCACCAUUCUGCCUGGCACAGCAUGCACAAUGUGAUCUGUGGUGGAGCAAAGGUGAUGGAUGAGUACUUGGAAACACUGAGAAUUUGUGGGGUGAAAAUGAAAGUGAUUCAAGGGUCAAAGGACCAAGUAGUUCCAUUGGAAUGUAGCAGUAACAUGAAGAUGAAAGUUGGAGAUAAUGCAGAAGUGAAAGUUAUAGCCAAUGCGGAUCACAGUUCUGUAGUUGUAGGCAGAGAAGAGGAAUUCACUAGAGAUUUAGAGCAAUUUUGGGCAUCCAUUACUACUUCAGAUAAUGUGGCAUGAUUUAAAACUUUUCUUUUUUUUCCAAAUUCUUUUUGAAAUAUUUCCCCACCCUCCAAUUCAGAAGAAAUUCUUUGUAAAUGCAUUGAUUGUUGUAAUCUCAAUAAAAUUUUCAGGGCUUUUGAUAAGC